ACCUGACCUGUCCUUUACAGCUUAACGAGGCAUCCGCGCGUGCAGCCUCCGUUCGUACCGCGAAAGAAACCAUCGACAGGGAAGACUCCUCGAGCAGUUUACGAGAAACUUGGACACUUGGAGAGGUUUAUGUCGAGACAAGUCCCAUAUGAGUAUGAUAUGCGCCACUUGCAGUCCAGUUCUCGAGCUGCCUACCCAUCAUUCCUUUCACUCCACGAGACAAUUUGGAUCCAUACAAAGUGUCUGUUGAAGGGACUCCUCGACGCCUUUAGGUGGGAUUUGGUUAUUGCGACCGCGACGAGCGACCCUGAAAUACGGUCCAAUAUCCUCAAGUCCCUCCUCUUGAAUUCGCUCUCGUUGGCAUCAAUCUAUGCAUUCGAUUUGCUGCUUCAGCCACUCGUGCACGACCAUCCGAGUUGGCUGCGUCGGAAUGUGGGUUGGUGCUAUCAGGUGUUGUGGCUCCUUCCCGUAGUGGGUAUAUCUUUCUAUCUCAAUAGUUCAUGGUGUAACACUAUUGCUAAACGUACCUUCGUACUGCAAUAUGGCAAUCGUGCUGUCCAACCACGACAUGUCACUUAUACUGGUAUGCUCAACGCGUUAGCAACGUCAGCGUAUCGCACAGUCAUGGUCUUGACAUCUGUGAUCGUCUCCUUUGGUCUUGGUGCAAUCCCUCGUGCUGGGCCACUCAUAAGCUUUGCCUUCAUGUGCUGGAUCGACGCGUACUAUUGCUUUGAAUUCGUGUGGGUAGCUCGCGGUUUAUCCCUUGCUAGUAGGGUAAGACACCUUGAAGAGCGAUGGGCGUACUACUUCGCAUUUGGCUUUCCCUCCGCUGCUAUCUGCACAUGGGGAAGCGGACUUGCAAAUGCUGCCUUAUUCUAUCUAUUAUUCCCUGCGUACAUUAUCAUGGCAAUGACUGCUCGUCCUGCACCUCAAGAUCCGUAUAACCCGCUUCCAUCCGCUGACGUCGUGCGGUACCCAUCGCCACUGAUCCCGAUUCGCCUGCGCAUUUUUGCUAUUGUGAUAUGGCUUAACGAUAUUAUUGUUCAGAUCUUGAGCAUCACUGGAAGUGCUGGCCAGAUCACACGCCAUCACAGAGCACUCAGUCAUUCAUCAGAGAAGGCGGAAGAAAGCACGGGGGUGGAGCCACCCAGACUUAUUAACAACGUAAGUGGAAGGUCGGUUCGUCGCAAUGAGUUCCGAAGUCCCAUCGAACGAACGAGAGAACACCGCAAGGAACCGUCUAUGGACAGGCGGAAACGAGGCUAGAUUGAUGGCAUUACGGAUCUUUUUCCGACAGCACUUUACUUCGCAUGCAUCUCCUGUAGAUUCUCGCCUUGCCUAUAUCCUCCUUACGACUGCCUUUUAUGAUACCCUUGAUUCUUGGCUAAUUUUGCCUUCGCUAUGUUUCUCCCUCCCUGCCUGCAAGCUUCUCCCAUGCUCAAACCUUUUACUAAAUACGCCCAGCCUUCAGUACGAUAAGGGCCAGUCUUUAGCUCCUUCCAUCCUCGUCGCUAACUUUCCUUUUUGGGUCACAGCUCGCAUUGCCGCCCCUCUCCGGGCUUCGUAUUGUCCAAUCCCCCUUACAUCUUAGCACUCUUAUCCCCUUUAUCAUGCACUAGUGGCACACAAGGAUCAGACUCAAGUAUCACCACAUAGCUAAUGAGUACCGAGUGGCAUAGAGAGUAGAUGAACAAUAAUUUGGUGCUGAUUUUCACAAAGAUAGACGUGUCUCGGGGCGGGAUAACG